AUGGCCCCCAAUAACAAAUCUCACAGACGUCAUAACAGCGGUAAGAAACUGGUUGAUAGGAUUACACCGGUUGGCGAAUCAAAACCAGAGAGGCCGCUCCCUAAAGAAGGUUUCAAAACUGUAAACGGUAGACUAGUUAGUGCUAAUGAUGUUGGUGUACUUCUCAGAGAGGCUUCUUCCAAAUUAGAAGCUAAGAAAAAACGCAAAUCACCAAAAGGAAAACCUCAUAAAACUGGACCUGCCCCUUCUAGACCAAAGGGUAAACCAUCUAAGGGCAACCCAUUAGUGAUCCAUACCAAUAGUGAUGCAUCUGACAAGUUGUUAGUUUUCUACAACCUCGCACUUGGUGUUAACCAAGAUUCGUUAAAGACGGUGCUUCAGAAGCUCUCACAUACACGCAUUGGCAAAGUAAGAGUUAGAGAUUUGCCAUCAGGUUCUGCUACUGCUAAUGUAUGGCUUGUGAAACGUACUACAGAAGAGCUAGAGCGUGUAAGAAAGCUCUUUGAUGGCGCGCUAGUCGACGGUAGAACCAUUAGAGUUACCACGGUAUCUGAUACGCAAACCAUGUCCUAUUAA